AAUAAAUAAAUUGUAACUCGUAAACUUAAAUUAUUAUUUUCUAAAAUAUAAUGGAUUUUACUAGAAAACAAGUAUUUGCCCCUGGAAGGACGUUUUCCUCAAUCCGUUCGACUUACAGAACCCAGCCAGAACCAGAACCAGCUGUUGAUGGAGAGAUAGUGAUCUCUCACACGAUGCAACUCAAAAAAGAGUUGUUGUGUGUAAAGUACACACCAGCAUCUGAAUAUAUAGCUGCUGGAUUUAAUGAUGGUCAGAUAGGCAUUUUUAGCUCACACCAAGGGAAGAAAUAUUUCCUCACAGAUGAUGAUAUAAGACAAUCUGGUUCCCCAAUUACAGAUCUUAAACACCGACUUUAUCAAGACACAGGAAAUAGAAGAACAAUCACUGCCACUUAUGUAGAUGGACGUGUUAAAUGUUGGGACUACAACAAGAACGAUUGCAUUUACACAAUUCCAGAGCACAGAAUUACACUUGGCCUAGCAUAUCAUCACAGCAAACCAAAAUUUGUUACUGUUGGUGAUGAUGCAAAAGUAUUUUUAUAUGAUGAAGAAACAAAAAAACAAGAAAUGUUUUUCCAGGCCAGUGAGUCACCUAUCUACAUGGAUGGACAUACUUCACGAAUAUUUGCUGCCCGCUUCCAUCCUCAGCUAAACUACGAGUUUAUAACUGGAGGAUGGGACAGUACAGUUCAGUUCUGGGAUAUGCGACAGCCACAUUCUAUCCGAUACCUUUUUGGAGCACAUGUUUGCGGUGAUGGACUUGAUAUUAGUAUAGAUGGAAAUGAAAUAUUGACAUGUUGCUGGCAGAAAGAAAAUCCUUUGCAACUGUGGGAUUACACUUCCGGAAAGUUAAUCACCAACAGCCAACCGGACUUGCAAAAUGCAAUGCUGUACUGUGGGAAAUGGAUAACAAAUGACUUGAUAGUUUGUGGAGGAUCAUCCCCAAAUUUACUGAGAAUUGUUGAUCGAAGAUUGAUGGUGACAAAGGCAUCCAUCAAAGAAUUCUCACGGGGAGUUUAUUCUGUGGACUGGGGAGAGAUUCGGACCAAAAAGCCUAGACAUCGUCAUCUUGCAACUGUUAAGGGAGCACCUAUGUCAAGGAAUGGCUAUCCUCUAAAAGUUGCAUUCUGUGCAGCCAAGAAAAUUUAUGAGUGUGAUCUGAUUUAA